AUGAGAGUUAAAUGGGACAUCCCCAAGGAAGUUGAGUUCAGACGAACGGGAGAGGAUUGGCUUGAGAACCUCCUUCUGCCACAAUCAGCUAGCAUCAGAAGCAAUAUCCUGUUAAUACUGUGGAAAGCCUGGAGCCUCAGGAACAACACCAUCCUUGGGGAUGGGAAGGAUACUGUCACGGGAGCAGUGCAUCAACUCCUCAGACUGGGCGAAGAUUUGCUAACGGCUGAACAGGUAGCCAAUGUGCCUCAUAGCAAGCAAGCAACCACACUUUUUGAUCAGAGGACAUCCAAGCUUGUACCCCUGAAAAAUAAUCGCUGGAUAGCACCAGCAGUUGGGUAUGUAAAAAUCAACUGUGAUGCCGUCUUUCUUAAAGAUUCUGGGGAUACUUGGGGAGGAGCAGUAGCUCGAGACCAUCGGGGUUCUGUCCACUUGUCUGUCGGACGACGGCUAAACCAGUGUAGCUCGGUAGAAGAGGCAGAGGCAGCUGCUGCACUGAUGGGGAUGUCUAAACUGUCGAACGUGUAUGGGGGACCUAUAAUCCUGGAGGUGGAUUGCGCUGCAGUGGGCCGGAACUUGCUCUCGGCGGAUUCCUGCAAGUCGUCUUGCUAUGCAACCAUAGCUGACAUAAAGAAAACCUCAAAUGCCUUCCAAAGGUUCGAGGUCAGGGUGAUUAACAGAGCUCAGAACGAGCUGGCUCACUAG